AUGCGCCCGUGCGGCGACCGAGAGUUUAAAAGCACCGUUUUGUUUGUUUGUUUGUUUUCUCUCCUGCUGAUUUCAGCCCGGGGGAUUACGGAAACAACUCCCAGCUUCAUGUAUCCCUACGGGACCUCCAGCAGUCAGAUGGUGCUCAGAGGGGUGGACCUCCUGCUGGAGUGCAUUGCUUCAGGAGUACCAGCACCAGACAUCAUGUGGUACAAGAAAGGAGGAGAGCUCCCAGCAGGCAAAACCAAGCUGGAAAACUUCAACAAGGCCCUUCGUAUCUCCAACGUCUCCGAGGAAGACUCCGGGGAGUAUUUCUGCUUGGCAUCGAACAAGAUGGGCAGCAUCCGCCACACGAUCUCGGUGAGAGUGAAGGCUGCUCCAUACUGGUUAGACGAACCCCAAAACCUCAUUCUGGCCCCUGGCGAGGAUGGCAGACUGGUGUGCCGAGCCAAUGGGAACCCCAAGCCUGCGAUACAGUGGCUGGGGGACGGGGGGGCCCUAGAAGGGGGGGGGGAGCCUAUAGAAGCUUCUCCCCUGAACCCGAGCAGAGAGGUGGCUGGCGAUACCAUUGUAUUUCGAGAUACCCAGAUCGGCAGCAGUGCCGUGUACCAAUGCAACGCGUCCAACGAGCACGGCUACCUUCUGGCCAACGCCUUCGUCAGCGUCCUGGACGUGCCUCCACGGAUACUGGCCCCCCGCAAUCAGCUCAUCAAGGUGAUUCAAAACAACAGGACCCGACUCGACUGCCCCUUCUUUGGCUCGCCGAUCCCCACCCUGAGAUGGUUUAAGAACGGCCAGGGGAACACACUGGAUGGAGGAAACUACAAGGCACAUGAGAACGGGAGCUUGGAGAUGAACAUGGCUCGGAAGGAGGACCAGGGCAUCUACACUUGUGUGGCUACCAACAUCCUGGGCAAAGCAGAGGCCCAGGUUCGCCUGGAGGUCAAAGACCCAACCAGGAUUGUGAGGGGACCAGAAGAUCAGGUGGUGAAGAGGGGCUCCAUGCCUCGCCUCCACUGCCGCAUAAAGCACGACCCUACGCUGAAACUCACAGUCACCUGGCUGAAAGAUGAUGCACCCCUGUACAUUGGAAACAGGAUGAAGAAAGAAGAUGAUGGUCUGACAAUAUAUGGCGUGGCUGAGAAGGACCAAGGGGAUUACACCUGCGUAGCUAGCACGGAGCUGGACAAGGACUCGGCUAAAGCGUACCUCACCGUACUAGCUGUCCCUGCUAACCGUUUGAGAGACUUACCUAAAGAGCGACCCGACCGGCCCCGUGACUUGGAGCUGACGGACCUGGCUGAGAGGAGCGUGCGGCUGACGUGGAUUCCUGGGGACGACAAUAACAGCCCCAUCACAGACUACAUUGUCCAGUUUGAGGAGGACCGGUUCCAACCUGGCAUGUGGCAUAACCACUCCAGGUACCCUGGGAGCGUCAACUCAGCCGUCCUGAGCCUCUCUCCUUACGUCAACUACCAGUUUCGGGUGAUUGCGGUGAACGAUGUAGGCAGCAGCCUGCCCAGUGUCCCCUCCGAACGAUACCAGACCAACGGGGCACGUCCUGAAAUUAACCCAACAGGAGUUCAAGGUGCAGGGACACAAAAAAACAACAUGGAGAUAACUUGGACGCCUCUGAAUGCAACUCAAGCUUAUGGGCCCAACCUCAGGUACAUCGUAAGAUGGAGGCGAAGGGACCCCCGAGGGAGCUGGUACAAUGAGACAGUGAAGACACCAAGGCAUGUCGUCUGGAACACACCCAUCUACGUACCCUACGAGAUCAAAGUGCAGGCAGAGAAUGACUUUGGUAGAGCACCGGAGCCUGACACUGUCAUCGGCUAUUCAGGGGAAGAUUAUCCCAAGGCUGCGCCUACGGAUGUUAGGAUAAGAGUUUUAAACAGCACUGCCAUUGCUCUGACCUGGACCCGAGUGCACCUGGACACCAUCCAGGGCCAGCUCAAGGAGUACAGAGCCUAUUUCUGGAGAGACAGUAGUUUGCUGAAGAACCUGUGGGUCUCCAAAAAACGGCAGUAUGUGAGUUUUCCUGGAGACCGAAACCGGGGCAUAGUGUCCCGGCUGUUUCCUUACAGCAACUACAAGCUUGAGAUGGUUGUAACCAACGGGAGAGGAGAUGGGCCACGCAGUGAAGUUAAGGAGUUCCCCACACCAGAAGGAGUGCCCAGCUCCCCCAGGUAUUUAAGAAUCCGACAGCCAAAUCUGGAAAGCAUCAAUCUGGAGUGGGAUCACCCAGAGCAUCCCAACGGAGUCCUCACAGGAUACAACCUUAGAUAUCAAGCCUUUAAUGGAUCCAAAACGGGCCGAACCCUGGUAGAGAACUUCUCUCCCAAUCAGACAAGGUUCACCCUGCAGAGGACAGACCCCAUCUCGCGCUAUCGCUUCUUCCUGCGCGCACGGACCCAGGUGGGAGAAGGAGAAACCAUAGUGGAGGAGUCGCCAGCCUUGCUGAACGAAGCCACGCCAACCCCAGGUACCGUACCCGCCGGAGGAG